AAAAUGUUGUUGUGUAAAAUCGUGUUAUAAAAACAUUUUUAUUGUUAAAUCUUUAUGCAAAUACUAUAUAUAUUAUCAAAGAUUUGGAUUUUGCAUUUACAAACUUGUAAUCAACCCCUAAACACUAAGUCGUCGGAAUUCGGUCAGAAAAAGUCGUCAGUAUUCCGUCGGAAUCUACUGACGGACACCAAUUCCGUCGGAAUUUCAAUUUACCCGGGAAAACCAAACCGCGUGAAAAUUUUCGCGAACCGCCAAUUGGUAUAUAUUUAAUUAUCCCGACGGAAUACUGACGAACCUGUGUCCGUCGGAAACAUUAAAUAUAAUUACCCUUCUUCUUCCUUCUUCGUUAUUUCCGCCUCCGCCUCUCUCUCAAUCCUCUCCGCGAUUUCUCUCCCUUUCACGGCGAUUCCGACCAUUCUCGAGCUCCUAUCACCGGCGAAUCCUCUUCUCACCCUCAUAUCUCUUCCCCAAACCCCAAAUCAUCCCGUCUUCGACGUAGUUUGGUGAGCAGUUCCCGUGCAUCGGGAUCGUCUCAUGAACAAAACUCGGUUCCCGCAUAUAUUCCCGCUCCAGAAGAAGUUCAGCGCCGAGAUAAUGCAGAAGCUAGAUCGUUUGAUGUCUUCGAGUUCUUAGUUUUUUCUGCUUUUUAAAACUUUCUGAAUGUUUUUUUUCUAUUUCGGUUUGUAUGAAUUUUUAACUUUCUGAAUGUUUUUUUUUCUAUUUCGGUUUGUAUGAAUUUAAAUUCUAUAAUAUUAUUAGUUUUAAAUUUCAGAUUUUAUUUAUUUAUUAAUUAAUUUUUAAUAUAAAAAAUAUAUAAAAAUGCAAAAUUAAUUCGUAUUUAAAAUUGAUAUAUUCCGACGAAUUGAGGGCGUCGGAAUAUACCGACGAACGAAGUCGUCGGAAAAUACCGACGGAGAAGGUUCCUCGGAAAAUUCCGACGAACCGUAGUCCGUCGGUAUUUUCCGAGGACUCGGUUCGUCGGUAUAGUCCGAGGAACGUGCUCCUUCGGUAUAUAGUUUUUCCGAUGAACUCUGGUCUCGUGUGUCCGCAUCGGAAUAUCGUCGGAAGUUCGUCAGAAUGACGUUUCUCGGUAUUCGUCAGAAAGUCGUCGGAAGGUCUGACGAAAUUCCGACGAAUCUUUUUUUUCCGACGAAAUUAUACCGACGGAUUGGUUCGUCAGAAAUUCGUCAGGAUCGGUCUAUUCCGACGAAUUUUUGACGAUUUCGGCCAUCAGAAUCCCCCUGUUUUCUUGUAGUGAAUAGUUUAUCUGUUGUAAUUAUUGUUAUGUUUGGUGGGUUCACUUUGUAUUGUUUGAUAAAUAAAAUAUAUAUAAAACUUCACCGACGCCAUAAAUGGAGAGGGUGAGAAGCACAACUCCAUGUGGAACCACAUGUUAUUGUUCUUCCUAAGCUUCUAACUCACCGUACAACCUAUACAUACAUAAAUGUCUUUGGUAUGUAGGCUUCCGUACUCUUUGAUUCUGUGUACUGCAUAGGACAUGACGUAAUGCCACGCGGGUCUAUCCGUCUAUGGACCAUAUUAUAUGUGUGUUUCAUUUCUACUUUAGUUUUUUUUUUAAAGUGUAUACUAUGUGCCUUGAUAUAUACUAAUUAAACAGUAAUGAGAAAACGCGUUGUUUUAUGAUUAAUUUCAAUUGGAUACCCACAUCUAAUCAGUAGACUAAAACAGGUCAUUCAAAAAGAGUUUUGUCGUGAACUCGCAUAAAAUGUAUCUGUAGACUAAAUCGUAGGAGAAUGUAAUUUGAAAUGUAGCAGCUAGAUCUCAAACUCUUAUAGAAAAUAGCAAUGAGUAAUGAACAUAUGGACAUGAAGCCUUAACUAAAUAUUCAGCUAUAUAUCAGAAACUUUUAAUGUCAACUGUCCCAAUCUUUUUCACUUUAUAUAUUUGAAAUAUUCGAACCAAAUGGUAGUUGCUGUCAGAUACCAAGGCAUUAAUUACCUAACAUAGUAUAUAGUCUAUGUUUAGCAGCACUAUUUACUAUAUUAGAGUAUAGACAAUAGUGCUAAUUACUAAACAUAGGUAUCUUGUAGUAUUCAAAUAUUGAUAUUUAGAUACUUAUUAUGGGUAAUUCUCCACGAAAGCUAAAUUGUUGUUACAUACUGGAGCUACGAACACAUAUUACUGGUGUUUUUCCUCUUUUUUUGGGGUAAUGUUAUCUAAACAACUUCCACCAAAUUAAUAAGGAAAACUAACUACUCCAUAUGACAUCAAUUUUUCCGAUACUUCUAACGAGAAAUAUUAUAUAUUCUCCUGCGUUUAGACUUAUAUUCACUCAUUAGAGAAUUUUCAAGAGUAAUUAAAAAAUAAGGUUCUAACUAAGAAAGAUAACAAACACAUGCAUGAGAUUUUGAGAGACUAUGGUGCAUGCAAGUGAAAUAAGUCGUAAUAAUCACCGACAAAACGCGUUAUUUCUUAUACUCAUCAUUAUAAAACGAGUCCAAAAGGCAUCAUUCUCCAUCAAUCAAUCACUUCUAAACUAAAACAUUUUCUUUCAAUCUCUCUUUGUCACAAUCAAGAAAAAUAUAAAAAUAUUGAUAUGGAAAUGAAGGGGAAAUACUUGGUAACGAUUAUUCUACUGGUUAGUACGUUAAGCGUGGGGAUGUGUUCUAAUCGUUGGAUUAGGGCUCAUGCAACGUUUUAUGGUGUUAAUGAUAGCCCUGCUUCACUUGGCGGAGCUUGUGGGUAUGACAAUCCAUACCACGCCGGAUUCGGAGCCCAUACGGCGGCGCUAAGCGGUACACUAUUCAAAAGCGGCGAGUCAUGCGGUGGGUGUUACCAAGUGAGGUGCGACUAUCGUGCGGAUCCUAAGUGGUGUCUCCGAGGAGCCGCCGUUACGGUGACGGCUACAAACUUUUGUCCGUCGAACAAUAACGGAGGUUGGUGCAAUCUUCCUCGCCACCAUUUUGACAUGUCCAUGCCCGCUUUCUUCCGCAUCGCCCGUCGCGGCAACGAAGGCAUCGUCCCCGUCUUCUACCGCCGGGUGGGAUGCAGAAGAAGAGGAGGUGUAAGGUUCACGAUGAGAGGUCAAGGUAAUUUCAAUAUGGUAAUACUCUCAAACGUUGGCGGCAGCGGCGCGGUGAAAGCCGUUGCGGUGAGAGGCUCAAGGGGAAAGACUUGGCGUCAGAUGACUCGUAACUGGGGUGCCAACUGGCAAAGCUCCGGCGAUCUUCGGGGACAGAGGCUCUCCUUUAGAGUUACUCUCCUUGACCGCAAAAUGAUGACGUUUUUAAAUGUUGUUCCUUCUUCUUGGUGGUUCGGUCAAACCUUCUCUUCUCGAGGCCAGUUUCACUGAGUACAACUCUUGAUACAAUUACGAAGUCUUGCUUGCUCUUCCAUCUUUGUGGGGCUAAUUUUCAACUCUUUGCUUAUUUAUGAACUUUGUCCUUUGUUUUUUUGGGGGGCAAUGUUCCUUUGAUUUUAUUUAUUUACUAAUAAAAAUUCCAUAUUUAAUUAUUUUUAUUCAAGUGGUUUCUCAUUUAUGUAUGAGCAUUACUGGAUGGUCUAUGAGAAUUCUGAUGAAUCUUUAUUAAUGGAAAUAAACUUUUUAAUUUUA